AAUGAGACGCGCUAACGAUCCGAACGAAGAACGCGCCGUGCCCAUAGAUACGCAUACUUGUAGUGAUAGCUGAAAUAUAGAUCAGUUACGGGGAAGUGAGGAAGUGAAACGUCAAAUUUGAAAUAUGUGAACAGCAAUAGAGAGGCAUUAUUGUGCAAGUGCAUUAAGGGCGAACAAAAAUUUAGAGUUACGUACAUGAAAAACCCACCGAACAAACACUUAGUAGCAAUUAAUCAUUAAUUAAUCAUAUAAAAUUGUAGUAUUUAAUUAAAAAUAGUAUUCUUCAUAUCACGAGCGUUGCUUAAAAGUAUUAAGCGCAUCUUUAUGUCACAUAUCACAUCAAACCAUCGCCGCAAAUUCGUGUAAAAAAUGUCAAGAGCCCGCUGUUACCUCACCAUCACCCUCCUGCUCUUUCUCGCAUCGACAGCUUCUGCGCUUAAUUGUCCUGCCAACUGUAAAUGCUUUUGGGUACUCGACAGCCUUUGCGUGGAGUGUGCACAUAAAGGCCUAACGGAGUAUCCCAACUUUUCCGAUUUACCGAUCGACCAUCUCGAUUUGUCGGGCAAUAAUUUUGAUCAUUUUCCCACACAAUUCGCUGCCAUCGAAUCACUAGUCUACUUGGAUCUCUCUAACAAUAAUAUAAGCCAGCUAGAUGCCGAUGCGCUGAUUGGAUUUACUGCACUGCGCGUCCUCUUACUCGCCAACAAUAAUUUUAACAGUUGGACGGAUCUAAAUCCAACAGAAGCUUUUCGUAAUGCCAUUAGUUUAAAGCAUCUCAGUUUAAGUGGAAAUAAUUUGGAAACCUUUACGGAUUUCAAGGCGGAGCAAACGUUGAUCAGUGAUUCGCUGACCAAUCUGGAGCUGGAGCAUUGCAGUAUUUCAACAGUUGGUGGUGAUCAUCUUAUAAAUGGACUACCCGCGCUGGAACGCUUGUCAUUGUCGGGUAAUUCACUUACUACCCUGAAUAAUAUACCAUCGGGCUCAUUACGUGGGCUCGAGCUCAGCAACUGCAGCUUGCUACGCAUACCGACAACGCUAAUUGAAGGUUUGCCAAAUUUGGAAAAAUUAAAUGUUUCAAGGAAUUUCGCAAUGGAAUUAAAGGAUGUGAUAAUAUCCGAAACCCUAUUGGAGUUGGAUGCCUCUUUUUGCAGUUUGGACACAAUCAAUUUGAGUGGAUUUCCCAGUUUGGCACAUGCAUAUUUACGCGGUAACAUGCUACGCAUUCUGGAUCAAAACACCUUUGCCAAUAACACACAGUUGCAGACGCUGGACUUGGCAAAGAACUCGCUCCGAAAUAUACAAACCAAUGCAUUCGUUAAAUUGACUCAUUUGGCGACGCUCGACUUGUCCUACAACGAAAUAGCGCUGCUCGAUAAGAAUUUGUUUCGUUCCAACGAUGUGCUCGUCUCGGUUAACCUAAGUCAUAAUGUUAUGGAGAAAUUUACGAAACUCAUAUCGAAUUCAUUGCGUGAAAUAAACUUAAGCGGUUGCGAAAUCAUUAUGAUCGAUGCGAAUGCCUUUACGGGCUUAUCGGUAAUACAGCGGCUCGACUUGUCCAAAACACUUAUCAAAGAGUUUCCGUCGAAUAUGCACUCCGAAACGCUUCAGCGUUUAGAUUUGAGUAACUGCAAAUUGUCGAGCAUAAGGAAUGCAACCUUCUCCGGAUUUCCGGAAUUGGCUUGGUUGUAUUUGAGUGGCAAUCGUUUUACGAACCCAAUACCGACUGAUUAUUUUCGUUCGAAUCAUUAUCUGGAUGCCAUCUGGAUUAGUGAUAAUCCAUGGGUUUGCAACUGUCACGACCCAACAUUUAUCGACUUUUACGAUUUUCUAACUGCAGUGCCACCGAAGUUAAAGGAUCGUAAUUAUGUGCGUUGUGCCUCACCGUCCUACCUUUAUGGUAAGACCUGGGAAGCUGCUUGUGGCAGUGUCUGGAUACCUAAUGGACGCUCUUCCAAAGUGGAGAAAGCGUGGACUGUGAUAAUGCUGUGCUUCUUAGGCAUAUGUGUUGGAACACUUUUAUACACCGGCUUCAGGAGAUUUAUAAAAAGCCGCAGGCAACGGCGCAAUCGUGAAGAGUAUCGACAGAACCGCGAUGAAAUGAUGGAGAUACGGGCACAGAAUCAACGUAUGCUUGAGGAGCCCGCCACGCCGAAUGCGCCAAAUUUCUUUCAGAACAACUUACCUUCCUACGAAGACGCCAUACGCAUGCCAAAACUUGAGCGUCCCGCUAAAUCGAUGGUGGACUUGACUGAAACGGGACAUACCCGUCGCAACAAAUUACGACGCUCACAAACCAAUCCCGAUGGCGAUAUUGAGGAUGCCGACUUAUUGCUAGACGAUCGUCAGCGUUUUCGCAGCGAAGAAAUGCUUUCGAAUCGCGUCAAGGAGCGCACCGCAAACAUAACACCGUUCGCACGCACCGGCUAUGUGGCGUAUAGCAAUUCGCGUAGUCGUCGUUUGAGCGUUGAAGGUGCACGCUUCCCCGCCGCCCACUUGAAGUCGCAGAAUUUACAAAGCGCCGAGAAAAUCGCAAACUUCCAAGGCUUCGAGCAUAGUCCGUACACAAAACGACGUCCGAAAGUGGCCGAAAUACCGCCAUUCAAACGCGCUACCAUGCGCACCGACAGCGUUGAGUUCCUGACAGAUCCGGAAUUUGAUGAUCACAGCAAGCCGGGCAGUCCAUUUGCGCGUCGCAAACCGAAAACACCAACAACAUCAGCGGACGUGGGCACUGCACUCGCCGACAGUCCAUUGGCGCCAGCUGUGGAAGAUUACUUCGGUAAAGUGCCAAAGCCGCGCGACUCUACGUCAGACGACAGUGAUUUUCAGGUGGUAGUCGAUGCGGAGAACUCCUCCUUAGUUGAAUUGCACAACACAUCGUCGAGUGGUGGUGGUAAUUCGGCGACGAAUUUGGAACGCGGCAGACGUAAGAAACGACUGAACUCGACGAAUAGGCGUGCGAGCGGUAAUUUUACAGCUGCCGCAGCGGCGGCAGGCGAGUCUUCUUCCACUUCAUCCGAUAGAGAUCCCAUUGUGGUGGUGCACAAGCCAAUGCGCGAAACACUUUUCUAAGUGCGCUACAAAGCGACCUGUCUGAAGCUAGCGGUUAGGCCAACAUACGCACAUAACUGCUUACAAAUGUGUAUGUGGGUGUAUGUUGGUGCGUUCAACGAAAAGUAUUUAACAUUUAAUAGUAUAUUGUAAAAUAAUAGUAAUGUUAUUAGUCGUCUGACGCUUAGCAAGUUGUAUUUGUAUUUGUUUUUUA